AAGCAACACAACAAGUAGCCACAUCGCGCUUCGCUGGGCUUGAAGAGAGCUACAAGGUACGUAGUGACUAGCGGUCACGAGCGCGCGCCCAUGGCUUCCACGUCGACGAGCUUCGUGGCCAUGGCGCUCGUCAUGGCCGUCAUGCUCAGCACGUGCCAUUCUGCGCGCCUCCUCGCCGACGUUCCGGCCUAGCCCACACCGACGCUGCCAACCUUGCCCCCCGUGCCGGUCGUCCCUACAGUCCCCGCCGUGCCAGGCGGCGUCGUUCCUACGGUUCCCACAGUGCCAGGCGUCCCAACGGUGCCAACGGUGCCCACCGUGCCCGGCGUGCCGAUGGUGCCCACCGUGCUAGGUGUGCCAACGGUACCAGUACCUGGCGCCGCCGUGCCAACCAUCCCGGCGGUUCCCACCGUGCCAGGUGUGCCGACAGUGCCGCUGCCGGCAGUACCCGGUGCCGUCGUGCCGACAGUGCACACUGCGCCGAGCGUGCCGACAGUGCCAGGCGUGCCGAUGUUGCCGAUGCCAUCCGUCCCCGGCGUGCCUAACGUGCCGCUGCCCCCUAUGCCGUCCGUCCCCGACCUGCCCAAGGUGCCACUGCCGCCGAUGCCGUCCGUCCAUGGCGUGCCCAAGGUGCCACUGCCGCCGGUGCCGUCUGUUCCCUGUGUGCCGGCCGUGCCAUAGUUCAUUGCACCUCCUCCGUCGACGGACUGGAUGUACGUACGUGCCCACGACCGUGCGUGCACGAUUUACGAGUGUAAUGGUUACUUUAACUUGGUAGUGUUCGUUUAAUUAAGCAGCACUUGUGUCUACGUGUAAGUAAAAAAGAAGUACCCACUUGUGUACGUGUGUGGUAUAUCUUUUCGAUUGGUGCGUGUGG